CACAGUGACUUUGGGAUAAUGCAAGUUGUCCAUCGGGAAUUCAGCUCUCAUUAUACAUACUUCACACCUGGCCUUGCACGAACAUCUACAGAAACAAAGGAAAAGUUGUAAUUUAAUGCUUUAAAAAUUGGAACAGCAGACGAAUUCCAACGAGGAAAUACGGGAUAAAACUUCGACCUUAUACUUCAAGAGACUCGGUCUGUGGGAAUAGAACAUCAUAGAAUCUUUGGGACGACGAGAUAUUGGCAAAGACGAGCAAAAAUGUCUGAUUCGAAUACUCCUGAAGGGCUGGAAAAAUCAACACAGCUGGAAGACAACGGAGAGGGGAGUGAAAACCACGCCGAAUGCUCGGCGACGGAUGAGCCGGGAGAGGCGUUGGAUAGCACAAAACAUGUUCAACUUGUAGAAACGUUGAAUUGGUUAUCGGAUAAUUACGAGCGGUCAGACGGCAUCUGUGUACCUCGGUGUGUUCUUUAUACACAUUACCUGGAUUUCUGCAAGAAACACGACUUUUCUCCAUCUAGUGCUGCGACGUUCGGAAAGAUUAUUCGGCAGAAGUUUCCCAAGUUGACAACCAGGCGUCUUGGUACGAGAGGCCAAUCAAAAUACCACUAUUACGGGAUUGGCAUCAAGAGAAGUUCCAUCUACUAUCAUUCAGUGUAUUCUGGUCCUGGUCUAACAAGAUUUUCAGAGAAGAAGCCUAAGAUGGAGGGAUCCAACAAGAAGUUCUCUCUAAGCUCCAAGACGGGUACUCUUCUUCCGGAGUACCCCGAUGCUCACAACCUCGUUCUCCCGCCAGAGGUCCCUUGUGAAAAGGUUGAGAUAUUCAUACUGAUGUAUCGAACUCACUCCCAACGACUGCUAGAUGUCAUCGUGUCAAAUAAUUUUGAUGAGGUUCAGAAUUUUCUUCUUCAUUUCUGGCAAGGCCUACCCCCUCAUCUGUCCUGUCUGCUGAAUUAUGACGUCAUCAUUGACGUCGUAGUACUUUGCGAUUCCAUUCUGUACAAGGUUCUCAACGAUGUUCUGAUCCCAACGGUCAUCCAAGAUAUUCCCGAGAGCCUUCAAAAUGAGAUCAGAUUAUUUGCAAGAAAACUUCCAGUCUGGCUUGAGAUGUCCCUAGACCAGAUCCCAGGAGAAGUCAGAAAAAAGAAAAUGAAAGUUGUUCGAACGUUUGUUCAGAGCCUCCGACGUCAGAUGUCAUUCAUUCAUCUUGCACAGACUGCUCGAUCUGUUCUACUAAGCCACGAGUCGAUCACGGAGAUGCUGGGAGAUCUAAAAGAGAUCACGUCGAUAACAUCAUUCUAUCAUGCAGGGUUGACAGAAGAACUGAAGGCUUCAUCUAAGGAGAUGCUUGCUGAAUUUGAAGCGUUGAUGAAGAAGCAAGCUCCCCUAGAAUCGUUUAUUGAAUGGAUCGACUGCGUUAUUGAUGACAGGCUUCUGAAGACGCAUGACGAUUCGGACAUCGAUCCCUCCCAGUUCAACAGCCAAGCUUCGGAGUUCCUCAUGAAUUGGUCUUUCAUCACGGGCAAACUUAUGGCCGAGUUCACAAUGAGAGCUCUGAAGAGUUUCGGCAAGUUCCAUUUGCUGAAUUUGAUGCUCCAAGAGUAUGCCCUUCUGACCAUUGAGACGCAACACGAAAAGGCGGUUCAUAUUGGAUACCAGAGAAACGUUCAGCAACACAUGAAGAAAACAGCCAUCAUCAAAACGAAGGCAAUGGUGAGGACAUCGAAUCGGAAAGCCGGAUCCGCCCAACCCAAUAAGGCAAAGAAAAGACGAGCAAGCACUUGUGCUAAUACACAAGAUGAUCUUGAUCCAGACCUACUGAAGAACAAACAACUAAACAGUCAUGGCAGUUGUUUAAAUCAUACCGAAUCAACCAGGGAUGCAUCGGGAAUGUCCUCCGAAGAUUCCAGACACCAAGUAGGUGGCAAUCCUUCGCAGUCGUAUCCGCCGGCCUACACCCAGAACACGGAAGCAACCGCGCCAACUAGCAACCACGUUCCCCUGCACCAAAACAUCCCAGGGCACAACUACUACAGCGACACCAACGGUGGCCAACCAGAGAGGUCAUACAAUAUCCCCUACCAAAAUCAACGACCUACACCUGAGUAUGGGCACCAGAGUGUCUCUAUCCCAGUCGGUUCAUUCAGUUACCCCCAGACGACAUUCCCCAACCCCGUGGUUCCUCCACACCUACCACUGCCUACCUCUUGGAACAACUCGUCGACUGCGACCGGCUUCGGCGUCUACACUGAUUCACCUGGCCAUACAGCCCCAGUUCAUUACGGAAACAUGAUGCAUUUCUCGACGCCAGAACAAUCGCGUGAUUACCGCAAUUUCAAUACUCCUGGUUUCCAGCCACUGGUUGACGAUCGAACAGGGAGAUAUGCUCCAUCUGGAAUGAUGAUUCCAAAUAACAUGAAUAGGUUUGAACCAGUAGAUGGUGUAGCUAGGAACCUACCGUUCCCAAGUGAUUUCCCACCCAUGCCUAAUCACUAGUCACCUGAUCAGUCAGGUUAUCAUGGACACAUAUAUUUUACAUUGAUCGAAGGGUCGAGUUACAGAUCAUGUUGCGUUGUUGCACAUACAGAAGGUAGUACACCUAUUACUUACUAUUUGAAAAUGUCUAAAGGAGGAUUUAAAUUAUGGCAGGAUUAUGAAAAAAAAAUUCAGAAAGUGAUUGUCAUACCUCUUGAUUUGAUUUCAACUGAUCGACAAUU